GUGUUUCCGGAUGGUGGGGGAGGGGUUUGGACAAGAUGGCCGGAUCCACAGUUAAAGUCCCUCGUAAUUUUCGCUUGUUGGAAGAACUUGAAGAGGGUCAAAAAGGAGUAGGAGAUGGUACAGUAAGCUGGGGUCUGGAAGAUGAUGAAGACAUGACACUUACGCGGUGGACAGGCAUGAUUAUUGGACCACCAAGGACAAAUUAUGAAAACAGAAUAUACAGCUUGAAAGUAGAGUGUGGGCCUAAAUAUCCUGAAGCACCUCCAACAGUUAGAUUUGUAACUAAAAUUAAUAUGAAUGGAAUAAAUAAUUCCAAUGGAAUGGUGGACGCACGGAGCAUACCAGUGUUAGGAAAAUGGCAAAAUUCUUAUAGCAUUAAAGUUAUACUUCAAGAGUUAAGGCGUCUAAUGAUGUCCAAAGAAAAUAUGAAGCUUCCACAACCUCCAGAAGGGCAAACUUACAACAAUUAAUUUUAGCUGAAUCCCAAACUUGUCUUAAACAACUUCUACUUAUGUUAAUGUCUUGAUUCAAUUUCACAAUGCAAACCACCCACACAUUAAGAGUUUCUGCUGGUGUAUAUGAUCUGGACAUUGAAAGAAUAUAUAUGUAUAUGUAUGCCCCAUAUGUUUUCAGACACAAUCAGAGAAAAAAGGCAGCACAAUUUUUUCCUCUUUACCAAGCACUAUCAUUUUAAGCAUAAGCCUGAAGUAGCCUAAAUUUGGAACUCCAGUGUUUCAAGAUGAGCGCAUGAUCGGAAGUGUCAGGUUGCUGUGGAAUAAUGUUUCAGAAACUUUUUGCAAGAAGAAAAAAAAACUAAUGGCAUGCUUUAUCCAUCUUGCUUUAGUGAAAGAGCUGCAGAUUAAAACAAUUAAGUAGCAAGUACUGCAAAUACCAUUGCUCAACUUGUUUAAUUUUUGCAAUGUGUGGGUGCUGACUGCUAGUAGUGUUUCAGAAUAUGGUCAGGAUUGUUUUGAUACUUGUAUUUAUAAAAUGGGGGAAUGAUUUUCUUUUAAGCAGCUCCUGUGUGUUUCAUGUAAUGGACAUUGCAAAUAUUUGUUUACAGUCUUCGUUCUAAUAAACCAUGCAUUUAAGUUUUAGUGAAACUACAAACAAAAAAAGGAAAUAGGUGUAUGGAUAUGUGAUUGAGAAUAAAGAUAGUCUUCAAAUGUAAAUAAAAUGUGAAAAAUAUCCCCUGAGGCUGUGCUAUUUCUAAAUUUACGCUGGCAGUACCCCUGCAAGAUUGAAAGUCAAAUGUUGCUCCUAAUCUUGUCUUAAUUACUCUUUUUCUUGGUAUCUAGGCUGCUGGAGCAAUUUUAGUGGAACCAGUUAUAUUAGACUCUGCAUGUGUAAUUCUUUUUCUUUAAUUUUGAACUAAAUGACCCUCAUUGUAACCUUUUUGCUUUUGUGAUGCUCAGUUCGUAUAUUGAAUUCUUGAACUCUCUUUGCUAUUAGCAGGUAUAGUAUUAAAAAUAAUAAGAGGGGAAAGAUACAACUCCUUGUAAGUAUGUUAUCACUGGCUUUUUAGGUGCUUUUGUGUUUUGUGCAAUUGCUGCUCGGUGGUUCAAGGUACCCUAGAUGGACAGUAAGGUGUUGAAAAUUCAUUCUGCCAUAUAUUUCUUUUCCUUUCAUAUUGAUUGAAAUAUGCAUGCAAACUCCUCCUUCAAUGAAUUGAGAUCUGUUAUUCAUAUGCCAGCAACUAAGGUACUAUCUAAGAUAAAAGAAGCUUCUGAUCUGUGUAGCCAUUGUGGAUGGAUAAUUUAUUAGCUCAGCCUAAUCUUGUUUGCAGGGUGUAAAUGUAUUUUAGAAAUAUUUUCUUUUUGCCACCUUCAUUUUACAUGAGAGGAGACAUUAAUUUAGGAAAUUCUUUUUUCUCUGUUCCUUUUAAAUAAUGAACAGGAUAAGCAGCUGUUUAAGGGAUGCUUUCUUAGUAAAUGUUAAAAUGUUGUGUUUCAUGAAAUGCAGUUUGCAGCUUCUACCUUCAGACUAAAAGGAAAUCAAGAGAAGGUUAAUCCAUAUUUUCAGAUAUAUUAAAAGUGAACAGCAGUUUCUUCAUGAUGUGGCCUUCAUAAUUAAUGCAUGUUUUAUAUUUGGAUAUCGAUACCUUACAAAUUGUCUUAUAGGAAAUUGCCCUAAAUAUACACAUGGUAAAUAAGCCUCGGACCUGAGUUCCUAAAUGUAUUUUGCUAGAUUAUGAGCUUUCUGAAUGUAAUGGAACUUAACUUUUUAGUGUGUGUAUGUGUAUUUACAUACAUACAGUCUUUUAUCAUAGCUCCUACCAUUUUGAGAAAAAACCCUCCACUAUGAUAAGCUAAGCAUAAGAAGAAGGCUUUAUUUUUGAAAAAUUCUGAGAGAUACAUUUCCCAAGUUGACCAGCCAUUUCCAUUCCACUAUAAUUUAUUGAUACAUAAUAUUACUCUUUCCUUGAUAAGGAUUCUAUCUGGACUUAAUUUGAUAAACUAGGAGUAUAUGUGACUGACUAUUUGAUUCUAAAUACAAAAGCUAGAUCACAUGAACUGAGGUGCCAGGAGUGAAAAGUGUGGAACAGUAUGACUGGGAGUGGGCAGCUGCAAAAAACAUCUUUAGGAGCCUUGAAGGUUGAUGAAUUAUUCCCCUAAAGCCACUUUGUGCCUUUUCCCUUUAAGCUUGGCAACUUUUCAGUGUAAUGAUAUUAGUAAGUUUAUAAAAACAAAGUUCCUUGAGCACAGAGCCAUGUGUAGAUAGGGCAACUUGACAUCAGCUUUAAAUUAUUUGGUGGUGCAAAAUAUGUAUAUGUGAUAACAGUAUAAAUAAGGCAAGCAAAAAUGUUUUUCCUUCCUAUAUCCCAGAGCACAAUAAUUUCUAAAAAAUGUGCCUGGAAAUAAAGGUUAUUGCUAAAGGAUAAUUAACAAGUAUGAGAAUGGGUUUAAACUUUGUACUAAGCCAUUGUUUUCUAACCAUGGUUUCUGGAAGAAGCCAGAAUUUGCAGGUCACACAAUAUACAAAAUAAAAAUAUAUUAUUAAAUACAAAUCCAUCAGACCAUGUAUGAUGCAGAAUUCAGGCUUUACACAUAGUGCUAAGCCAUAGCUUGUUUUAAUAAGCCAUUAUGGCCUGGUUCAUAUGCAAUACUAAGCCAUCAGUUAUGCUUAUAUAAGCCACAAUUACUGGGCUACCACACCACAUUAAACUAAAACUAAAAUCACCUUAUGGCAUAGUUAGUGAUGUGUCAACCCAGCCUUUAGGUGUGCAGGUUCUUACUAUGAAAAAAAGGCAGCUACCUCAGCAAGUACUGAGGAAUAAGGAUUUGGGAAGAUGUGAGGUCAGAGUUGUGUGCAUCAAAUGAUGGCUCCAAGGUCUAAGCUAUCUUGGUUACUUUGGGGUAUUAAUGAUAAAUAUUGCCUCAUUGGUAGUGCUGAAACAAGAUGCAGCCAUCAACUUGAUCAGCUGAUGUCUGUUGAAUAAAGAGAUGAUAUCUUGUCUUUUCCCUCAGGCAGCAAAAUGUAUUGCACCGGCUUUAUGAGUGAUCUUUCAUUUUUUUUGAGGGUCCGACUCAUUCUGAUAUACUGAGAAUAGUACAUUAUUAGUAUUCUGUUUUCUAAUAUGUGUUGACUGCAUUGGCUUCUCAGUGUUUGUUUGAUUGUCUCACUGUAGUUACCUAUAAUAAAUGUUUGGAACAAGUGCCAUUUUUAAGCUGUAUGUUUGCUCAAAUCCUGCUGUUACAAGGCCUAAACAACAACAAAAUAACAUCAGUGGAGAAACCCCCUUACCCUAUCUCCCAGUAUUGUGUAUCUAACCUCACCCCAAGAAAAUCUGCUUCCCCCAAAUCCCCCAUUCCACGAAUGAAAACUGUUAGGUUUAGACUUCGCAAAAUGGAAAGCAUCUUUUAAACUAGUGUUUCUCAUCCUCAGCAACUUUAAGUUAUGUGGACUUCAACACCCAGAAUUCUGAACUGGCUGCUGAAUUCUGGGUGUUGAAGUCCAUAUAUCUUAAAAGUUGCUGCCGUUGAGUAACACCCUUUAAACAUUCUGAAACUCGCAGUGUUUCAGUCCCUACCUGUUAGACUAUAAGAAGGAAUUUCCCUGGAAUUGGCUUUUCCUGGCAAACUCUACCUCUUCAUCAUUGCAUUCAAUCAUCUGGUACUGUUAUUACUGACCUGGCUGCCAUGGGCAAUAGACCUUUGCAUUCUCCAUUAAUCUGGCUUGUCCUUUUCUAUUUAAGUUUUACUUCAUCUUGUAAAAACAAAUUUGUAAUAUAUAUUUUUUGAGGGAAGCACGUGAAUUGAAAAAGGUUUAUAGCUGACCCUGAGUGAGUACUAUAGGAUAGAGUUAAAACUUCAGUGUCAUUUAUUGUAGGUUAACUUAAUACAACAAUACUUUAGGUAUUAUUUCUAGCAAGAAAAUGAAUUGGAUGAUACGCUUCAGGAUAUCUUUAUUACAUUUUCACCCCAAUAAACACUUCAUAAAAGAUAUUUAAUGACAGUGUUUAAUCAUAUGCAUAGGUGUCUACCAUUUGUCAUGGGAACAAAUUUUAUGUAUUCAUUUACAAUUUAAAAAGAUAGCUUUCUUUCCACAGCAAGAUAGCCAUAUUCAAAUAGCUUCGUAUUCAAAGAAAUGAAGCUUUUUGAUAGUUUGAUAAUGUCCUGAUGGUCAAAAGGUCACCAUCCCUUUCACCCUCUUCCAUAUACCAGUGAUGUUGCUCUAUCUGAAAUCUGAGUCAUGCUAUGCUCAUAAAGAAAUUCAAGAGUUUGUAAUUAAAAUGUGUCUUCCAUUUUUAUGUUGUAAAGCAAAAAAAAAAAAAAAAUCCUUUGCCUGAUCUGCUGCAGUAUUCUAUUGUGCUGCAUUAAUAAUGGCGCUGAUGAAAAACUUUUGUUAUGACUUGGCAUAUGUAAACAGGCAGUAUUGAUACUGUUUCCCAGUUUAUAGUAAACAUAGUGGUACAAGAAGAAAGGAAACGUGUUUCUUAGAAACAUUAACUGGCACUAUCUAUUUAGAAGAUUUUGUCAUGGAUUGUCUCCUUCAUUCCUGUAUGCAACUAUUUACUUUUAUGUGUAUCAAUACUAUAUUUAUAUAUAAAAGCAAAAUUUCUUCUAA